UCCUUCACAGCAGGAUCCCCAGUUCCAGGAGACCUUCACUCAGUCGUCACUACCCGUGUGGAGAGGAGUAGAGUUUCCUCCCUGGAGCAGGAUCGACAGCAGGCCUCCGCCUUCACAAGCUCAGAGACGAACGUGAGGAUCCGACCAUGAGGAGUGGAGCUGGCCUGUGUGUGCUGGGCCUGCUGUGCCUCCACAGCUCCGUGUUCGGGCAGGCGCCGGAGGAGGUGCAGCCGGGCCUCCUGCUGUUCUGUGACAGCCCCGAGGUGGAGCUGGUCGUCAGCAGCGCCGUGAAGAAGUUCAACGAGAGGCUGAGCACCGGGAACAAGCUGGCUCUCUACCAGACCCUGACAGCCGUCAAGUCAGAGAACGACACAGGCUCCAUGUACUCACUGCAGUUCACCACCAGGAGGAGCGACUGUCCGGCCGGCAGCAGCAAGCCCUGGACAGACUGCGACUAUCUGUCAUCUGGACACAAGAAUCCCACUCUGUGCAACGCCACGGUUCUGAUGACGGAGACAGAAGCCGACACGCAGCAGGUGGACUGUCAGAUCGACAGUUUCAUCGUUCCAGAGAAAGCUUCCUGUCUGGGCUGCCCCGAGGAUAUCGAUGAGAACUCAGAGGACGUCAAAGCCCCCAUCGCUGCCUCCAUCGCUAAGUUCAACUCCAUCUCCGACUCCACUCACCUGUUCAGCCUGAACAGCAUCGGCCACGCCACCCGACAGGUUAUCGCAGGUUUCAGGUUCAAGCUCAGGUUCGACAUGAAGAAAACCACCUGCGCCAAGGCCGAACACAAAGACCUCAACGACCUGUGUGUCCCCGACGAUCAGGACGUGGAGUUCAGGAACUGUAACUCCACAGUGGAUUUCGCUCCGUGGAGACAUGAGCGCACAGAUGCAGAUCUACACUGUGAAGCAGGAGCUCUGCCUCCGAUGCUGUUCACCAGGCGUCGUCCCACCGGCUGGUCUCCACUCAGGAACAUCCUGUUUGCCGAACCUUCACCUUCGCCGUCCCCGUUGCCCUGCACCGCUUCACCCAAAAAAGAAUCAUCUGAGGAGGACCUCACGGAAGGAGAAGUGCCCGCCGUGCCCGCCAUGGCUGCAGAACCUGGGAGUGACAGCCCCUUCCACUGCCCCUCCAAACCCUGGAAGACUUUCCACCCGGAGCAACCCUCCGCCACUGAAGCCCCAAGCGAAGCGACCCUAGUGGAUCCCCCCCCACAGCCAGAGGGCUUCAGUGAUGCAGACCUGGUGGCAUAAAUAUUUCAAAAAUCAUUUUUCAAAUCACCCAACAAAUCUUUGUUUUGAAUGAAACCUCUUCAGGGGAGUUAUGCAGAUGUUUGAGCCCUGUAGCUCCUCAGGACUGAAGCCAUCACAGAGGUCUUUACUGUUAUCAGAUAAAUUGAUGUGAAAGUGAGGAGGAAAACAAGAGUCAGUUUCCUGUGAGUUUAUUAGAGACACAUUCUGCAAGGAUGAUGAAAUAAAACUUCGCUCUUUGUGCUAAUUGAGAUGUUUUUCUUCCUCUAUACUCUCCUGUUUCCAUAAAAACAAACAAUAAAUCAGCUUUUAAAAUAA